UGACCAAUCAAAGAAGGCAGCGAUGCACGCGCCGUCUGUCCCCGCUCAAGGGUAGAUGGGUUUCGGAGUCUCGGGUGUGGCUGUUGACGUGACAGGCGCUCGGAUCGCUUUUCAGGCUAGAAGAACUACAAUCCCCAGCAGGCACCGCGCGUCCAGGCUAUCUCCUCCCCCCAUCUUAGUGGCCUGAGCGGCUUGACCACAGCUGCUGCAACUGCAGCAAGAGGUAGGGCUGAGGCGUUGGGAAUUGCACCGACAGGCAGUCGCACAGAAAGACACACAGAUGUAGUGGUGUGCAUAGCCCUUGACAGCGAAUAGCAGCCCCGCUGCACUCCCAGCCUCCCCAGGCAGUCCUCCUUUUCCCCUUUGGUGGUUGGGGAAACAAAGCUUACACCUGGCUUCCUGGCUGCCAGCCUGGGCCUCGAUGACUUCCAGGAGGACGGUACAGGACAUGAGACCUGGUGUCACUAGUUCCAGGUGUCUGCUGAAAGAUUUGGAACGGAAGAUGAUGGCCACUCCGAACCAGACCGCCUGUAAUGCAGAGUCACCAAUAGCCCUGGAGGAGGCCAAGACCUCUGGUGCCCCGGGGAGCCCCCAAACACCCCCUGGGCCUCAUGACUCUGGUGGUUCCCUGCCCCUGACACCCCGGAUGGAGAGCCACUCAGAGGAUGAAGAUGUUGCUGGGGCUGUCGGUGGCCUGGGCUGGUACAGUAGGAGUCCCCGGACCCAGAACCCAGGGGGCUGCUCAGCGGAGGCUGUGCUGGCCCGGAAGAAACACCGUCGGCGGCCGUCCAAGCGCAAACGGCACUGGCGACCCUACCUGGAGCUGAGCUGGGCUGAGAAACAACAGCGGGAUGAGAGGCAGAGCCAGAGGGCCUCCCGGGUCCGCGAGGAGAUGUUCGCCAAAGGCCAGCCCGUGGCCCCCUACAACACCACCCAGUUCCUGAUGAAUGACCGAGACCCGGAGGAGCCCAACUUGGAUGUGCCCCAUGGGAUCUCCCACCCAGGUUCCAGUGGGGAGAGUGAGGCCGGGGACAGUGAUGGGCGGGGCCAAGCGCACGGUGAGUUCCAGCGGAAGGACUUCUCUGAGACUUACGAGCGCUUCCACACCGAGAGCCUGCAGGGCCGCAGCAAGCAGGAGCUGGUGCGAGACUACCUGGAGCUGGAGAAGCGGCUGUCGCAGGCAGAGGAGGAGACUAGGAGGCUGCAGCAGCUGCAGGCGUGUACUGGCCAGCAGUCCUGCCGCCAGGUGGAGGAGCUGGCUGCCGAGGUCGAGAGGCUCCGGACUGAGAACCAGCGGCUUCGGCAGGAGAACCAGAUGUGGAACCGAGAGGGCUGCUGUGAUGAGGAGCCGGGUACCUAGGGGUGCCUCCCAGCCUGGUGGACCCAAGGAGAAGGUCCCAUUUUGUGCACACUCAGGCCAGCUGGGUCUCAAGGAGGCAGGUGGCAGAUGAAAACCACCGUCAACACCCUUUGCCCCCUGAGAACGGCUAAAUUGGUUCAGACUCCCACCUCACCGUUUCCACAGUUGGCUCUUUCGUGUCAUCUUACUCUUUACAGAGAAAUUAAAUGGUCUUAGUGGGACCAAAUGGGA